UUAUAUUAUACUGAAUAAACCGGCAUGGAAGGCAGUGCACGAUCAGCAACAUGUGUCGAUUUCUCUAAAAGUUGUGAACAUUGUGAAAAAUGUAUAAAAAAGUUAUCAGAAGAAGAACUGUUAUCGCUAAUAAUAAGAUGCGUCAAUUUUGCCGCGGAGAAACAUCGGAAUCAAAGAAGAAAGGAUGUCGAUCAAACGCCAUACAUAAACCAUCCUUUAGGAGUUGCAAAUAUUUUAAUACAAGAAGGUAAGAUUUUUGAACCAGUGGUGAUUCUAGCAGCAAUCUUACAUGACACUGUGGAGGAUACAAAUACUACAUUUGCGGAAAUUGAAAAAGAAUUUGGACAUGAAGUUUGUCAGGUGGUCCAAGAAGUGACUGAUGACAAAUCAUUGCCAAAAGCUGAACGUAAACGGUUACAAGUAGAACAUACUUUCCAUAUAUCUCGUGAGGCAAAAUUAGUAAAAUUGGCUGAUAAGCUAUAUAAUUUGAGAGAUCUUGAAAAAAGCACACCUAUUGGUUGGACAAGUGAAAGAGUGAAGGAAUAUUUUAAAUGGGCAAAAGCUGUUAUAGAUGGAUGUCGCAAUACUAAUGCCAAUUUGGAAAGAGAAUUAGAUGUACUGUUUGCUCAUCAUAUAAUUCAAUAAAAAAAGAAUUGCUA